AUGAAUAUUCUUGGUGCAAUAUUUCCUCUUGGAAAUUUUGUUGAACGAAAUAAUUCUGAACAAUCUAUAUUUGAACAUUUACAAUGUACAUUUUCAUUUGCUCAAACAUGUUUACUUUGUGGUGAUGCUGAUCAAUGUUUUCGUUCAUUACUUUUUCAAUCAUCACUUUCUUAUGCUUCAAUUGGUAAAAGAAUUUGUUAUUAUACACCAUUACCAAUACAAACUAUUCCAUCACUUGUUCAUAAAUUAAUACCAAAUUCUUUAUUAUUAGCUAAUUUACAUCUUAUACAAUUUUAUUAUUUACCAACAUUAAUUGAUGUACAUAAACAUUUAAUUAAUACAUCAUGUGAUAUAAUUAUAAUUGAUGGUUAUCUUGAAUUUCCAUUAUUUAAACAACAAGAAGAUUUAUUUAAGAUAAUAUCAUCUUGUGCAUUAUUAAAAGAUACAUAUGAUUAUUUAAAAAAAAAAUUUCAUCAUAAUGAUCUUAUUCUUUUAUGUUCAUGUACAUGUUCAGAAUCAUGGAUAGUUAAUGUUGAACAACGAGGAUUAUUUGAUCUUUCUAUUUAUAUUGAUAUGCUUGAAAAUGGUGAUUAUCAUGCUGAUAUACAUACAUUAUCUAAGAAAAAACUUUCAUGUGCAUUUAAUUUUCGUAUUAGUCGCAAUGAAAUUAUGCCACUUUUUGCAACAAUUCAAUAUCAUAAGAAAUAA